AUGAAUGACCUGCGCAUGCAACAGUACUACAUGGACAAGAUUAAGAAGAACAUAAGUCAAAUAAAAAAGUCGAAGAACAUAAGUUUGACACAAAAUGUACACGAGGGAAACUUCAGCAUAAGUGAGAACUAUCCUACAAAUCUUAUCGAUGGUCAGCAGCACAAAUCAAACCAUACGAAGGACAUCCUUUUUAGCGGGAAUGGGGAUCAUGUCAGAAUUGGUUAUGAUAACGAUUUGAGAAGGAAGAAGCAGGUACCCUGGGAAAAACCGCCAAUUCACACUAAGUACAACGUCACGGGAGAUACAAAUUUUUACGAAAAUUAUGUCACUGAUUACAAUAAUGAACUGCACACAAAUGACCGCCUAUAUCAGUCACAUGGAUAUAGCAAUGGACAAAGCGGCUAUGUCCAUGAAAAUGUUAUAUGGGAUGGAAAAUUAAAACAAUACAAGACUAAGGUUACUUCGCCUAGUUUUCUGUACACCUCAAAUAACAUUGCGGUGGAAAAAGGAAAUGACAUCCAUGGCGGGAUAAUCGACACACACUGUUUCUAUAACUCCUGUGUAAACAACGCGAAGCUUAUAAGUCAACGAGAAGGUAAAAAAGUGGGGAGUAAUGUCAGUGCACCUUAUGGGAAAUCGGAACCUAAUAACAGAGAAAAACUGCACAUAGUUAGUAACACCCUGUGUAGGAACAAAAAUAAUGUUCAUGGAUUAUUAGAUGAAAACAUAUGCGCAACUAGCAGCUUUUCUUUUCCGAACUGUGUGAGAAAUGUUAGCACGACGUCCUCUUAUGAGAGAAGAGGCAGCUCAAAAAGUGGGAUCGAACAAAGGGGUUACGACUCGUAUGGGCAUCCCCAUCCCAGUGGGCACAUUCUCCGCACGAACUGUUCUAAUCAUAUAUUAGGGGGAAGCAAGAGAAACUACACAGGGAGUCUGCUCAACAAUGUUAUCAUGAAUAGGGACCAUUCCGGGCACAGUACAGCUCGUAGAGGCAUUUUCCGAGAAGCUUCCCUAGGAAGUUGUAUACGAAGAGACGAAAUUGACAGAGGAGUCUCAAAAGGUGGUGAAUUAAAAACAACUGUGUGCUUCCUAGGGGGAAUUAGCAAUUCUGAUAAGAGGAAGCAUCCCAAAGAAAACAAUGGGGAAUCGCUAAAAAGUGUUGUGCACUCUGGGGGCGGUAAAAUCCAUUUCUGCUUCCCACGACAUGAAGGUGUAGUAAAGGAAAGGUUAAAAAACCCCAUUGAAGUUAUGUAUAAAGAACGCAAGGUAAGUUCAAACCAAGAACACUGCAGCGAAAUGGAUCGGGUACAUUCCAUUGUGACUCCACAGGACAGAAGCGACGUCUUGAGGCAUAAAGAAGUUUCCAACCAUAGUAGCGGUGAUAAUGGUGGCAAUUUUCAAGGGGUGAACUCAUACCGAUGUUUAGGUGGCUUCUUUGCAAACAAGGAACGACAAUUUGUACCAAACAAGAAAAGCAUCUCGUCGACGCGGCUUCAGGAACCACAUGUUUUUUACCCUAAGAAGGUUAGUUCUCUGAAUGGGAACGCGGGUAUUAGAAAUAAACAAUGCGGGGAGUGCAGGAAAGAGGAGGGUGCCAUAGCGCCGAAUGGGUUGCGGUCGGGCACGCUAGGAGGGACUCCACAAAAAGGGGCCUCCCAAAAUGGGGAACCACAAAAAGGAGCUUCCCGAAAUGGAGCGUCAAAAAAAGAAGCGUCACAAAAUGGAGCCUCCCGAAACAGUGUGCUAGAGAAUAACCGAUAUUUUAUCAGCUCCUUUCGCGCAGUCGACCAAGGCGAAAUCGACGGGGGGAAUCAACAAUGCAUGAAAGAAAAGGACAACCACAAAAUGUACAGCCAAGAAGGGAAGAGGAACUGCCUUCAUUUCCCACUGCAAGGGAUAAGCAUCUGCAAGUCAAAAAGGGGGUAUAGCCAAAAUGAGACCUACGAAGGUGGAAAAGUAGGAAAGCAUAAAUUAGACAUUAUCCAAAGUGCGCCUAAGCAGAACGCCAUUUCACAUGUCGAAAAGGGAAAGGAUCAUUUCGAAGCGGCCGAGUCGAAUUCAGCCCCUAUGAGUAGGAAUAUUCCCAAAGGGGAGAAUUCUGUGGAUGACACUUCUUUCUCUACUUUGGGAACAAAUUACGGAAGUGAGAAAAGGUUAAAUAUGAAAGUGAUGGAUAACUCCACCCUGACUCAUCUUAACUGUAUUAAUAAAACCGAUCUGGUGUUGGGGGAAACAAAAUACGGUCAGGCAGCGAAUCACACCACGGUCCUCUACAAAGAGGCGAAUGCGAAGACGGUAGAAAAGAUAUGCAAUAUAAAUGGCAUGGGCAACUUAGACCGGGUGAUAGAGAGGUCCCCCUUGGUGGAAGAGGGCACUAAAGGCGAGGUGCCCCUGAACCCCCCAGCUAGAGGGGUACACGCCGAAGGGGUGCAAAAAUUAGAAAGAACAUGUACGGACUAUGAAGAAGGGUACUACAGUAGAAUAAAUAGAAAAGACACGUAUGAUGAAAAAGUGACAAACCAGAAGGACACCCUGUUGGAGAAUUCUAAAUAUGACGAAGAAGCUCAUGUUGAAGAGAACCACGAGGGGACGAAUGAAAGAAGUAACUUCAACUACAUCGAGGAUGAUAGUAUAAGCAGGGAGGAGAAGAAAAAACUGGAAAAGGAACUGUAUCUGUACUUUAGAAAGGAAGGGUUCUUAAGGCCAUCCUCUAAUUCGGUCCUGCAGGAUUCGGAAAAGGGGGAAAAGCACGAAAGGGACCAAUCGGGAGAACCCAGCGAAAAGGGCGAAAGGAACAAAGCCGAAGAAACGAGCAAGAAGGGCAAAAUGGACAAAGCCGAAAAAACGAGCGAAAAAAACGAACCGGAAGAAAACGACUCGACCCCCUUCCUCAAAGGGGUGAGAAAGAACUCAGGCGUCCACUCUAGCAACAGGAAGUCGUCCAUCACGGAGUACUCCCAAAUGGAUAAUUACGAUAUAUCGUCGAGUAGCGUGGACAUAUUUGACGACAAGGAGAUAAAAGAAGUUUUUGAGGAAGUGACCAUAAAUAGGAGUAUAAAAAGUAGCUUCUGCGUCAGUAGGGAUGAAUAUGAGGGGGCGAGGAAGGAGAGCAUGGAUCUAGGACGGGAGUACGCAGAGGGGGAGAUACAGGAUUCUGCCAGCGCCAAGGGGAGAAGGAAAAAAAGAAGAAAAAGAAGCCUCCCCAGUUUAGAACAUCUAUUUUGUAAGAAGAAAAAUGUGUUAUUCAUGGAGUUGUUACAAAGCAUGAAGGAGAAAAUGGAACAAAGAAAAGAAGAAUGGAACAACAAAGAGGAUGCGUUAGAAAGUAAACUAAAUCGGGUAAUGCUACCCACCUCUGAAAAGGAGAGAAAUUUAAUAGAUAAAAUAAUUUACUGUCUAGACCCAUCCUAUGUGAACAACACGGUGGAUGAAGCAGAUAAAUGGAGACAGAAGCUGAGCUACAUGCGUGAUAAGUUCCUUGAAUGCAUAUUAUGUGUGUCUUAUCCGACCCACCUUUGGAAUGAAGAAACGUUUGAAACUUAUUUGAAGUCUCUAAAUUUGAAUGCACUGUUUGACGACACGUUCAUAAAGUACGAAGGUGACCUGAAUAUUAAUUUAUUUCAUCGUGAUGAGGAACUCUUUUCGGACGUGGGAAAUAUUGGAGAGGGGGGAUUCGGGGUGGUAACAAAAAUGAGGUUCUUAUCGAAUCCGCAAUAUUAUGCAAUAAAGAAGAUAUCAAAGGAACACAUUAUAAAAUCUCAAGCAGCUGGACAAGCCUACUUAGAGGCCAAGUACCAUUCUGUUUUGAGUCACGUAAAUAUAAUUAAAAUGUAUGGAUGCAUGCAGGAUAAUGAUUUCAUUUACCAUGUAUUGGAAUUCUGUGCGAAGGGAAGUAUCUAUUCCAUAUCGAAGAAUUUUAAGAGAAGAAUCAUCCCUGAUGAGUUAGCGUAUAAAUAUUUCUGUCAUGUAGUGAAUGGAUUGUAUUACUUAAAUCAGAUGGGUAUUUUUCAUCGGGACAUAAAGAUGGAGAAUGUCUUGGUGGAUCACAUGGACAAUGCAAAACUGUCCGACUUUGGUUUGUCUGCCAUGAUUUUAGGAACAAGAAGUCAUUCUGCUUUGUGUGGAACGUUGGUUUACUUCUCUCCAGAAAUUACAAGUGGGUCUGGAUAUGACUGGAGGUCUGAUAUCUGGUCCUUGGGCGUCUUGCUUUACGAAAUGUUAGUUGGGGAUGUCCCAUUUGAUGGUACCAAAACGCAGAUAAUAAAUUCGAUAUUUUCAUGUAAUUUAAAGUUCCCAGAUUUUGUGAACCCAUUAGCGAUUAAUUUGAUAAAAAAAGCCUUGGUGGUAGAUGUGAAUAAGCGCCUCAAGCUGUGUGACAUAUCGUCUGACCCGUGGAUGCAGGAGAUGUGGAAACUGUCCUUUCAGAAGGGUCUGGCAGGGAAUACCGACUCCCGUUACAGCAGGAAGGAUGACAGUGGUGAUUUUAAUUUCAUAGGCUCCUUGAUAAAGGCUCAGUGCUUCUUAAAAAGUAGUCUCAACGCAUCGAUGAGUUACCCCAUUGGACGGGGCACGGUAGGGAAGAAGAACCAGGAGGGGGAGGAGCACAACGAGGAUGUCCCCACCGAGCGGGAGAACCAUAACGUGGAUGCAUUCAUAUUAGAGACUCAACAAAAAUUAGCAGAAUAUUUAAAAAUAGAAAAUUUUUACAUGAACGAGGAAAAUGUUUCCAGUUCGGAUGAUAUGAACUCUCACCAAUCGGAGGCGUCCUUUUCCUCAUUCAGCGACUCUUCCAGGGGUACGAAGCAGGAAGUGGUGGUGGGGAGACAACAAUGGAGUACUAGCGAUGUAGGGGAAGAUUCCCAGGGCAAUCGAUCUGCUGCGCUUCAAGUCGAAGCACAAACGGAUCUUUCUGGGACCCUCCAAGAGGGAAGUAGGACCACCUUCCUAUCAGGCGCCCCUCAUGAGGAUCUAUCCCUGGACAGUGAACGUGAUUGCAGCACUGAGUCGAUCCCCCUGGAGGGAAUCACUCCCGGGAGAAUCCACUCCAAGCAGAAGAGUAGUUGUUCGUAUGAAUCCAUUAUGCAGAACGGCGGCAGUAGUAACGAUGAUCCCUGUUUGAAGAGGCACAACUGGAAGACCCAAUCGGAGCAGUCCAACGCAACAGAAGAGGCCGAACUGGUUUAUUCGUCAGAGAGUUCAGGCCCCACUACAAAUCAGUAUGACCAUGUGCCUAGUGCGCCUUGUGUUGAGAGGAGGCGCAGCAAGGGGGAGUCAACAAGGGAGGACAUCGAAGGGGACGUUACACCGUCAGGUGAACCGGAAAGGGAUAACAUCGAAAGGGACGUUACACCAUCGGGGGAGUCAUCAAAGGAGGACAUCAACGGGGGAGUAACACCGAAGAAGGCGGAUGACACUCUGUCUGAGAAUACAAUUCGGGGUGAUCCUCACGAGGAUGGCCAUUUGUGUGAUAACAGUUGCAUGUCAAAUACGUCCCCAUUUUCGAACAGUCCACAAAGUAGGGAUAGAUUCUCCUCAGAGGUGGAAGAAAUAGUUCCAAAUAUGGUUGAUAUUGAGUCCCUUGAAAAGUUACUACGAAGGAGGGUAGACAAUGGAAGAAAGUGUCCAAGGAGAGUGCUUCCAAUUUAUGAGAGUAAGUAUACGAAUGGGGAGCGUAGUCCUGUGGAGAAAAAUUCCAUCAGUAUUGGACGAGGGGAAGCGAGAAAGGCUCUCCUUGACGAUGGAAAAAAGAACAGAGGGGGUGAAAACAGAGAGGAGGGACAUAACCCAACCACGCGUAGAAACAUUCAGCCGAGCCAAAAUUCGGAGAAAGUUACCCAAGUGGGAAACCAGCGCGAUGAGGGGAAGCAGCGUGAUUCGGGAAAUCUACCUAAAGUGCGCAAACUUCUCCAAGUGGACGAAAUGUACAUCCCAAUUUGUGUAAUCAAAAAAAAGGCGACGGAAUCAUCAGGAGAAAGUAACGGCGCCAAAAUAAAUCUUCAGGUGAAGGAUACCCUCGUGGGGGGUAGCAACAAGUCCAGCCUAAGAACUAAACAAUUAAGCGCUGAUGGGGGACGAGAACCACACGUUGUAGAGGCUCCUAGUAUAGAGUUGUCCGAUGACAAAGUAGAAUGUGCGAAGCGGUCGAGAAUUGAAAAAGGGGAAGAGAAGAACUCCAAAACGAAUAAUCUGUGUGAAGACACACGAAAGGGUGAAGUAGAAGAAAAAGGGAUAACCAAAUUUAAGACUACUUCAAAAAAGAAGAAAACUUCUGAAGCAGAAAAAAGGGAAGAUACACUAAUUAACAACAAGAGGGAAGAAAUGUUAGAAAAAAGAUCUACUGAUAAAUUAUACAAAAAAGAUCCUUUCCCUAGACGAAGUGGAGUUACCGACAGAAAGAAGAAUCCUCUUGCCAUGGGAAAAGACAAAACGGAUGACAAGGAACCACCCGCGAAGGAAAACAGACGAUCGCCUAGUUACCUCUGUGAUUUAGAUGGAACUAGCCUCUACGAUAAGUAUAUAGAAAAAAUAAACCAAUUAUAUCUCAGUAUAAAAAAUAAGAAGUACCUUAAUAAUGGUGAAAAUAGGAAGAGUCUAUUCGGCCAAGACGACCAAACAUCAGCUGCCAUGGAUUCUCUGGAGGAGGAACAUGAACAAGAGGACAUCCAAAAUGACAAAUUGGUGGAGAGUAACUAUCUGCAUGAUAACAACAGUUCUGUCGAAAUGAAGGAACGGUCCUCCACACUGGUGAAGGGAAAGAACGGAAGUGUGGACACUCAGCUGGAUAAGCAAAGGGAGGAAAGAUUGGAAGACAAUGCACUUAAUAAGAUGAAUCCUUUCCAUUUGAGAAGUUAUCCUGUCGAGACGGGAAGUAGCAAACUGACGGCGAGCAGACAAAUAGGGAGCGCCCAGAUGGGGAGCAGAAGGAAUGUACUGAAGGAAGAAAAAAAUGCUUAUCCGAGGAGGCAUGGAGAAAGGGUGCUAGAUGAAAAAUCCUUGGAUGAUAAGUUGGCCAAUAUAGAGAAGGAUGUGUCGGUGACCAUGUGUGGCAAGGAAAAGUAUCGCUCUUCGUAUACGUCCAGGAAGUUGAAAUCCUUUCUCGAACUGAAGAAAGAAAUUAUGAAUGACAACGUUCCUAACAUCAGGGGGAGGGUGACCCCCGAUUUUUUCUCCCCCGAGGGGAACGCCUUUAAUUCGAGCGGCACCGAUGGGGAAGAAAAAAGCAGCAGCGUUGGUGGUGUUAGCGGUGCAAGCGGUGCGAGCAGUGUCCGUGCUGGCGGCAGCCAGAAUGAGCGUGGCGGGCACCAGGCGGAGGAGAAUAAUCCCACUUGGUAUUACGAAAGGCAAAAUGCAUUCAGCUUCUCUAAUUCGGAUUACGCAAGUGAUAAGUUCUUUUAUAGGAGGUACAAGCAGAACAGAACAAUCCAUUUAGAUACCUCCGAAUUGGGGAAGCGAGAAGAGGGGAGUUUUAAGGUGGUAAAGGGUCGCGCCAUGGGUGCAUGCGCAGAUGAGCAAGGGGUCCAGAGCGCAACGGAUGCAGAGUUUACACAGGACGACGAGUUUUCAGAGAAGGCACUUCAUGCAGAGCAGGGUGAAACCCCCACAGUCAUUACCCAUCCAGACGGGAAAACACAGUAUGUGCUUAACCACAAUGGGAAAUACCAGCGAGCAAAGAGCACCAACAUGGCAGUGAAGAAAAGGAACACCCAGAGUGGAGAAUCCGCUAGACAGAUUUCCUUUAACAACAAAGUGACCUUCAUGGCUCUUCAGAAUGAUGGCGCCGUUGGGAGAACGUUCAGCGUGCAGGAGUGCAGUGAGGAGGAGGAGAAGCAGGAGAAAGAGAAGAGGAAAGAGCAGCAGAAGGAGCAGAAGAAAGAUCAGGAGAGGAAGGAGCAGGAGAAGAAAUCCACUCAGGGUGGAGCCACAAUCCUGGGUUGGCAAAAAAAAGGGCCAAAGGAAAUAUCCAACCUGGAGUUAAUAUCAAAGAUUCGACAGAAAAAUAAGAUCAACCUGUUGGAUAAGGUGAAAAAGGACAAGUGUGUCUCUAAUGUAGGCAAAAGGAGAGUAGAGAGAAUGGUUAGUUCCGGAAGCAUGAACAGGAGUUUAUCAGAGGUAGCCGUUAGCUCCGAAUCGGUUGGCAAGACUUCCUACACGGGACGAAGUGAUCUGCUUAAGAAAGGUUCUUCCAACAUCGGAAAACUGAGGGAUUUAUCCCAGAACUGCAAAGGCAGCGGCAACCGGGUGCAUAGUAAGAGUGGAGUUCCACACCCAAGUAGGAGAAAUAAUUCGAUAAGAAAUGAUUCAAUUGAGAAGAAGCACUCGUUGGAAAAGGAAGUCAUGCCGAAAGGAAGCAAGGGGGUCAGGCCUACGGGAACACCCGCGAAGCGUGUAGAAAGCAGAAGUGGUAGUAGCAUGAGAAGCGGGGUACAUAAGUUAGACAGUAUAAAUAGUAUCCCUUCCAAAAGUGAAGAGAAUAAAAAGAACAUGAUCCAAAUAGCUCCCAGGAGGCUGAAUAGCAGUAGCACUGUGUUAAGCAAAUCGAGGGAAAAUAAAAGCUCCAGUGUAGAAAAGAGGAGAAAACCAUACGAUGACAAAACGGAAAGGAGGAUCAACAAAGGAGUAUCUCCACUGAGAAGUGGAAAAACUCCUUGCCUGAAGGAGGUGAUGACGGAAGAAAAGACCGAAGGAAUGGGUAGCUGUUAUUUGAAAAAAGGAGGGAGCAGUAGUAGGAGGAAUGGAUCAGAAAAUUUUUUCUCUGAGAAGAAGGAUAAAUCGAAGGAGGUAAUACCAAACGGGUGUGUUCAAAAUGAUAGCAAGAGUAGAAGCCAAGAGGAGACCAUCACCGUAACGAAUGAAGAAUCGUCUGAUGUGCCGCCAACCAAUUCGGUGCAAACGACAGAAGAACAAGUUAGUCUCACCCAACACAGGACAAAAAACGGUGCUUACUCCAUGCACAAUGGUAAAAAAAUGAUAUUAGGAAAUAAUUUAAAGGACGCAAGGAUAAAGCAGUAUCUGAAGAUCAAACUACAAAAGAUUAAGAAGGAGAAUGAGUACGCCUCACCGUUGGGGGGGAAAACGGAGGGUGGUCACAAAGAGGAAAGCCUUGGACAGAAUAGUCACACACAGGGAAGCCACACACGGGAAAGCCUCACACAAAAGAGCCCCGCACAGCAAAACCUCAGACAGCAAACCAUCUCCCAUUCCCCCACUAAUCAGUAUGAUUCCUUUGAGGGGUACACAAAUUUGAGUACCAGUGAGGGGAAGAAAAUCUCCUUCUGCACGACUAAUGAGGUCAGGAGGUCAAUAAGUGAAAUUCCCUUCAACUGCUGCGUCAAGCGUUAUUUUCAGAGCGGAUCAAAUGGGGAGAUAAAAACGGGGAGGAUUUCACCUAAGGAGAGUAGUCCAAGCAGCCACUUCGAAGAGGAUCCAACGUGGGACAGGAGUAACCUAUCUCAAAGCAAGAAAGAAAGUGUCUACCCUCGUGUCUACUCUCGUGUCUACUCCCGGUGUAGAAGCGAAGCAGUAGGGGAAUGCAACUUGACGACCGGCCUAGAUGGUGACCUUUUGCACAUCGAUAGGGUGAGAAGAGAAAGAAGUAAUGGAGAAGCCGAAAAAGAGAGAGCACUUCUUACGGAUAAUAGGAAGGAAAAACAUCUCAAAAGUGGAAUAAUGAAAGGGUCAAGUAAUGUGGGGAACAGUACGAACGUCCAACUUCAACCCAUUAACGAUGCAGCGAAGAGGCAAAAAACGACCGCACAGAUUUACUCACACAGGGAUGUCAAUCUCAAGAAUGUGAAGAGUAAGAUAGACACCAACAUAUAUAGGAAGGAGAAAAAUGGAACAGAAAAUGUUGACUUGAAGUAUAGAAGCGCUGCACAAACGGAAUCUAAUGAAUGGGGAGAAAAGGGCAAUCCCAAUCGUAUGUUAAAAGGAAAGCAGCACAUGAAUACAUACCAAGCCUCCUCCGCUUUAUCAAUAAGUCCCAACGAAAGGAAAAGGAACAGUCUGAUUCGUAAUCCCGCAUUAGGCGUAAGGAAUGUGGCCACAUUAGAGAGGCUCAAUUCCGGGAAGUCAGAUGCACAUUGUUCUAAUUCUAGAAACAAGAGUAGCGCGAAGGAAAGGGAGUAUCCUUACCAAGAGGAAGGAGGUAAACCAAUGAAAAGAUUCGACAGUCCAUUAUUUGACGCAGACUAUGAACAAGAGUUGCAAAACAAGUUGCUACUGCUGAAUAAGAGGAGCCUUUGUGGGGCAAUCGAUCAUCAAAGAGAGAAUUAUGGAAAGGAUCAAGUGAAGAGUUAUUCCAAGAAAGAGGGAAAUCACAUCAUCUAUGAGGGUGCUACAAAUAGUGGUAUGCAUGGUCAGAGUGGACACACGUUGCACAGGGACUGCCAAAACGGAAUUCAUCUCAUCAAUGGUGGAAGCAGUGAGAAGGACCGAAGCUGCAAUUGGGGUUUUUCCAUCCCCAUAUGUGCAUCCAGCAGUAAUGGGAAGAGUGCGAUGAAGGGGCAGUUAAUACGAAUGAAAUCCAACUGCAGGAGUGACACCCCUCGCAGUGAAGCAAAUUGUCUUAAUGACAUGGGAAUGUCAACAUCUGGCUGGAAAAAGUGCAAUGUGCUCGGAAGCUGCCCUGUGGAGGAGAACGGAUCAAACUUUUUAGCAGAACCGGAGAAGAGGCACUACUCCAUGGACGUGGAGAGAGCUGGGAAGAGGGAGGUACAGGGCAACUAUUCCGAUUCGUUCGAUGAUCAUGAGAGGGAUGUUAUAUCAGGGCACAGCAUAAAAAAAAACCCUGUUAAUAAGUUAUCUUCCAUCAUUUUUAGCUCAUCUGUGAAAGAAUGUGUGGAAGGUAGCUCCAGUGGAAAGAGAAAAUGGGGAACACCCCCAAAAGGGGUGGUUACUAAGACGGAAUCACUUCAGAUGUUGCGUCCUCCCCAUGGUAGAAGUGGAUCCAGAGUGGGAAAUAAUUACCAAACGAAGGAGGCUCUUAAGCGAAAUAUCAGCUGCGGAGAUUGGCCCAUCAUGCAGUUUGUGAAUGCUCGAGGGACAGAUACAGAAUCUUCCGACGUAGCAGAUGUGGAUAAAGCACUCCUUUGUGGGAGGAAAAGAAACGAAGUGGCCAACUUGAAGAGAAGCAAUAUAAACACAGACCUUUAUAUGAAGGGCCAAAAUAAAAGCAGCAGUAGGGAUGCUACAAAAGGGACUCAACCCGUGUCCACAUCGAAGAUGCAGAAGAGUGCACAGGUGUACAUUGCUAAGAGGUUCAAUUCAGGUACUCCUUUUCUGUCUCGUCCGUCCACCUCAACUUCUUUACAUAAGGGGGGGGAACAAAUUGGCACGAGUGCCCCACAGCAAGUCAAUGGAGGAAUAAUGAACAAAAAUAGAAAUAUCGUAUAUGGGAGAAAACACACAUUAGCACAGAAGGAUAGCAUUAAAAAGAAUCCAUCCAAUUCGGGUUCGACAAAAUUGUUCAGCUCAAGCGAUAAGUGGAUCUUAACUCCCGAGAUGGGUUCUACUGGGAUCGAAAGUAGUGCUAACUGCUUUGCGAAGAAAGUUGUGCUAGAUGAGGACCAAAGCGGGUGGUACACUGCAAACUGUGGCAAAACCGCAUUUUUUAGUAAGGCUAAUACGGACGCCACGAGCAGAAGCAGAGAAGGUUUACAAGCCAAAUCGGCUUCCAAUUGUGUCUACAUGGAUGGCAUGAGAAGAAAUAAUACUGCACAGGUACUGCCAUCCCGUGUAGUAAAUGUGGCCGAUAAGAAUCCCACAGGGUGUUUCCUCUACAAGGGCUAUUUUCCCAAACAGGAGUUAAAAAGUGCCCAUGGAGGUAGUCGGCAUGGUGGGGUUAAAGGUACAUACGAACGUGUUGAAGUGAACCAUAGCUCUGUGGAUACACGUCAGCAAAGAAACGGAAGCGCCAUGUCGACGAAACGCAUGGGAAGUAAAACUAGUUUGGAUAUAAAACCACAUACGAGAGUAAUGGCAAAGGGGGUAAUGUAG